AGGCCCGAUCCCCUCUUACAGAAUCCCUCUGCACAAGUUUACGUCCAUCCGCCGGACCAUGUCGGAGAUGGGGGGCCCCGUGGAAGACCUCAUCGCCAAAGGCCCCAUUUCGAAAUACGCCCAGGGGGCGCCCGCUGUGAGCGGGGGGCCCAUCCCUGAGAUGCUCAAGAAUUACAUGGACGCCCAGUACUACGGGGAGAUCGGCAUCGGGACACCGCCACAGUGCUUCACGGUCGUCUUCGACACCGGCUCCUCCAACCUGUGGGUCCCCUCCAUCCACUGCAAGCUGCUGGACAUCGCCUGCUGGAUCCACCACAAGUACAACAGCGGCAAGUCCAGCACGUACGUGAGGAACGGCACGGCCUUCGACAUCCACUACGGCUCGGGCAGCCUCUCCGGGUACCUGAGCCAGGACACCGUGUCGGUGCCCUGUAAGUCGGCCCCGUCGCCGCCGAGCAGCGUCAAGGUGGAGAGGCAGAUCUUCGGGGAGGCCACCAAGCAGCCAGGCAUCACCUUCAUUGCGGCCAAGUUCGACGGCAUCCUGGGCAUGGCCUACCCCCGCAUCUCGGUCAACAACGUGCUGCCCGUCUUCGACAACCUGAUGCAGCAGAAGCUGGUGGACAAGAACAUCUUCUCCUUCUACUUGAACAGGGACCCCAACGCGCAGCCGGGGGGCGAGCUGAUGCUGGGUGGGACCGACUCCAAGUACUACACGGGCUCCCUGAGCUACCUCAACGUCACCCGCAAGGCGUACUGGCAGGUGCACAUGGAGCAGGUGGACGUGGGGAACAGCCUGACCCUGUGCAAGGCUGGCUGCGAGGCCAUCGUGGACACGGGCACGUCCCUGGUGGUGGGCCCCGUGGAGGAGGUGCGCGCCCUGCAGAAGGCCAUCGGGGCAGUGCCGCUGAUCCAGGGCGAGUACAUGAUCCCCUGCGAGAAGGUGUCCAGCCUGCCCGAGGUCACUCUGAAGCUGGGGGGCAAAGGCUACAAGCUAGGCGCAGAGGACUAUACACUCAAGGUGUCACAGGGAGGGAAGACCAUCUGCCUGAGUGGCUUCAUGGGCAUGGACAUUCCUCCGCCUGGCGGGCCGCUCUGGAUCCUGGGCGACGUCUUCAUUGGCCGCUACUACACCGUCUUUGACCGCGACGAGAACCGCGUGGGCCUGGCUGAGGCCACCCGUGUGUAGCCGGUGCACCCGCUGGCCGAGAAGGAAGUGUCCCGUUGGAGGCGGCGGCCGCCCCGCCCUCCCCCACCGCACACACUCGCCCGUUCACAGUCCAGCUGUCGGGAGGCCGCCGGCCUGAUGGGCCAUGGUUUUGUUCUGUGGUUUCCUCUCCCCAGAUUCAGAAUGCUGCCCGCCCGCCUGUCCGUCUGUCUGUCUAUCUGAUGGAGGGGUGGGCCCGGGAGCUACCGGUAGGCCCGCCAGGCUCAGUGCCUGUCGCUCGUCUGAAAGACCCAGCUCGGCUUGGUGGCCAGUCAGUGUGCGUCCCAGGCCCCUCCCCCCGGACUUCCUGCCCCCUCGGGGGCCUGGCUGCUCUGGCCGGGCCUCUGCACCGGGCCGUUCUCUCCGUCCCUCCAACGAGCCUGGGGCCCGGAGCUGGGUACUGCCACCCCACCGAACCCGUUUGUGUGUCCAGCCCAGUGACGAAGGGGGACCAGAAGGGCUAGGAGGGGACAAAAGCCAGCCUUGCGAGGCCUGAGGGUUAUCCUGGGGCUCAAGCCCAUCCAGGAGGACAUUGACUGGCCCGGGGUGGGACAGGAGGGGAGGGGGGCUUCUCUGUGGCUGCCUGCACUUGACCAGCAGGAAACCGAAGUCGACAUGAAAAUACAGUUCUUGGUUCUCUCUC